AUGGCGGCGGGUGUGGCCGCGUGGCUGCCCUUUGCUAGGGCAGCAGCCAUUGGCUGGAUGCCCGUGGCCUCGGGGCCCAUGCCGGCUCCCCCAAGGCAGGAGAGAAAAAGGACCCAAGAUGCCCUGAUUGUGCUCAAUGUGAGUGGCACUCGUUUCCAGACGUGGCAGGACACCCUGGAACGCUACCCGGACACUCUGCUGGGCAGUUCGGAGAGGGACUUUUUCUACCACCCGGAAACUCAGCAGUACUUUUUUGACCGUGACCCAGACAUCUUCCGCCAUAUCUUGAAUUUCUACCGCACCGGGAAGCUGCACUACCCUCGCCAUGAGUGCAUCUCUGCGUAUGAUGAGGAACUGGCCUUCUUUGGCCUCAUCCCGGAGAUUAUCGGGGACUGCUGUUACGAGGAGUACAAGGAUCGCAGGCGGGAGAACGCGGAGCGUCUGCAGGACGACGCCGAUACCGACAACACGGGAGAGAGCGCGCUGCCCACUAUGACCGCCCGGCAGAGGGUGUGGCGGGCGUUUGAGAACCCCCACACCAGCACAAUGGCCCUGGUGUUCUACUAUGUGACAGGCUUCUUCAUUGCCGUCUCAGUCAUCGCUAACGUGGUAGAGACAGUGCCCUGCGGCUCUAGUCCCGGGCACAUUAAAGAACUGCCUUGCGGGGAGCGGUAUGCGGUGGCCUUCUUUUGCUUGGAUACAGCCUGCGUCAUGAUCUUCACAGUUGAGUACUUGCUUCGCCUGGCCGCGGCACCCAGUCGUUACCGUUUUGUGCGUAGUGUCAUGAGCAUCAUCGACGUGGUGGCCAUCCUGCCUUACUACAUUGGGCUGGUGAUGACAGACAAUGAGGAUGUCAGUGGAGCCUUUGUCACGCUCCGGGUCUUCCGGGUCUUCCGGAUCUUUAAGUUUUCCCGCCACUCUCAAGGCCUGCGCAUCCUGGGGUACACGCUGAAGAGCUGUGCCUCAGAAUUGGGCUUCUUGCUCUUCUCGCUCACCAUGGCUAUCAUCAUUUUUGCUACAGUCAUGUUCUACGCAGAGAAGGGGUCUUCGGCCAGCAAGUUCACCAGCAUCCCUGCUGCCUUCUGGUAUACCAUCGUCACCAUGACAACACUAGGGUAUGGUGACAUGGUACCAAAAACCAUAGCAGGGAAGAUAUUUGGUUCCAUCUGUUCACUGAGUGGGGUCUUGGUCAUUGCUCUACCUGUUCCAGUGAUCGUAUCUAACUUCAGUCGGAUCUACCACCAAAAUCAACGAGCAGACAAACGGAGAGCACAGAAGAAAGCCAGACUUGCCAGGAUCCGGGCAGCCAAAAGCGGAAGUGCUAAUGCUUACAUGCAGAGCAAACGGAAUGGCUUACUCAGUAAUCAACUACAGUCUUCAGAGGAUGAGCAGACCUUCAUGAGCAAAUCCGGCUCCAGCUUUGAAACCCAGCACCACCACCUGCUUCACUGCCUGGAAAAAACCACGAAUCACGAGUUUGUGGAUGAGCAAGUCUUUGAAGAAAGCUGCAUGGAAGUUGCGACUGGAAACCGUCCUUCAAGUCACAGCCCUUCUCUCUCGUCACAACAAGGAGUCACCAGCACUUGCUGUUCACGACGACACAAAAAAACCUUCCGCAUCCCUAAUGCCAAUGUAUCAGGAAGCCACCGAGGCAGUGUGCAGGAACUCAGUACGAUCCAGAUCAGAUGUGUGGAGAGAACCCCGCUGUCUAACAGCCGAUCCAGUUUAAAUGCCAAAAUGGAAGAGUGUGUUAAACUAAACUGUGAACAACCUUAUGUGACUACAGCAAUAAUAAGCAUCCCAACACCUCCAGUAACCACCCCCGAAGGAGAUGACAGGCCAGAAUCUCCUGAGUACUCAGGAGGAAAUAUUGUCAGAGUAUCUGCUUUGUAA